UGAAUGCAGAUCACACAAGGGAUCAGAGUGAUGCUUUGGCUUGCUCGCCCCCCCCUCAUCACCUGGAGGUCAAACGUCUGGCAGCCAUUUAUUAUGAUUCCGAAUUGCAAUAAACUUCCCCGUGAGGGCCCCACGGACAGUCUGAAAUUGUAAACAGUUUCGCUUAACGUGAUCACACCGCGGCCCUCUCCUCGUGCCCUUGAUUCGAAUUCUUUUUUUUCCGUACCAUUUUAAACCGUCCUCUCUUCUGUGGAUCGUCUUAAAAGUCCCUCCUUUAACAUCCAUUGUCUCCUGGAUUUGAUAGAAGCCUUAUUGUCCUUUCAACUUUGCCUUGAACCUUUGUAUUCACAUGCCUAAUAGAGCCGACCCCGGCCAUUCACCCCCAGGCGAUAAAUCUGACUUCAAAGCAGACCUUGACGAUCCUACUGCCUCCAUGUCUGAUAUUGCUAUAAGAAAAAAGAAAAAUGCGGACGCUCAAGCUGCUUUUCGCCAGAGGCGAGCAAACUACAUAGCAACUCUAGAAGAGACAGUCACUAGUCUAGAGUCUGUCGUCCUCCAGCUUCAGGAUUCGUGUCGCGAAGCGCGAUCCGAAGCCGGGGAUCUACGACAAGACAAUGCACGCCUUAGACAUGAAUUGCGCGAACGUGAGAAGUUCUGGAGGGCCCUUUGGCAGGCGAGAAAGACAGGACAGGCUCCUGAAUCUGACGACUUGCCCCCGCUCCCAUCAUCUUUUGCUCCUCAUACUCAACCAACAAACAUCAACAACAACCGUACCCCCUCGUCUCAUGGUCAUUAUAGCGAUGAUAGCAUGGGAUAUCAGACCAGCGACGAGACGUCCAAUUCCCUGUGCAGCGGCUCAUAUACCAGCGGGCCCAGUCACUCAUAUGCGACUCAGUCUCCUGCGCUUUCUUACACUGGUGUAGAAACCGAGCAGAUACCCUCCGGCGGAGCUGGCCAUCAUAUGAACCCCCGGGUGUCAAGAUAUGGUUCUUACCCGUAUCCGAUGCAACCCAUCAGCCGGGACGGACCAUGGACCCACAACGUGGCCCAGACUGCGUCUGCUAAUGGUUCACCUACCUUGACAUCCGCCGAUGUAUAUGCAAACCGCCCUUUUGAAGAGCAGAAAACUCAGCUCAAUCAUUUAGAAACAACACCAUAUCUCUUUCCCAGUAGCCGUUCCAUCUCCCCCACGUCGUCCACCCCCCCGUCCUCGUCUAGCACGUCCUUGACGUCCCCAUUCCAAUUCACAUUCCCGGCUGAUGGCCCGAUCGCACAAGAUCGCGCAGAGUUUGAUUACCGCCGGCACUCCAAUGCCCACGGCGCUGAUCUAACCUUACAUGGUGGGACCGCAGAUAUUUCGCUUCCGAGCGCUGGCAGCGACGGUGUGCGUUACAGACUUGGGGCCCGGCGCGCGAAUUCUGGUCCGAGUCCACUACUACCAUCCCUUCCUCAGUUCUCUGGAAGCGAGAACGGCUCUCAGCACGAGCGGGGAAGUAGCGAAGGUGAAGCCACCCCCUAUUCGAAACUUCGACCUCGUAGAGGACGUUCUCGAGAGUCGAGGUCACCUUCCCCCGGUGCACCUCCGAUCUCGGGCACGCUAGCGGUUAUCAAAGCUCAAGCUUUUGGAGCACUUCGUCGAACUCGGACCAGAACUAAAAAAACUUCUGAGGGGGCGGCUAAGGUUGCAAUGGAAGUUCUCGAGGCCAGGGGCAUCGGAAUGGGCGUAGUGGCUGGCUCGAAGCGCCCCCGCCUUCACCACGACGAUUCCGACAUGCAAACGUGAUGCACAUAUAAAUGUACUCC